UAAACACAUUACGCUCCGAAGAUUUUUUAUCAAUUUGGUACACGUUACCCUCAAAUAAGUAUUUAAUAUAAACUCUUCCAUGACCUAAAAUGAAGCAAAAUUUCAUGCAGUCUGGUGCAUAGUAAAGCCUAGUAAAGCAGUUGAUUUUAUAAGUCGCGCUUCAUUGAAACGUCAUGUUUAUACGUUCCCUUUCUAAUAAUAUUUAUUUUUUGCAGCUUUGUGACUUGAAAAGUAGAAAUUAGUAUUUAAAAGUAUUGUGUUUGUAAUCAAUAUGCCCAGCCAAAAAAAGAAAGCUAAGAAAAAUAAACCGGAGGUCCAGCCUCUCGUUGUACCCGUUCCAAUCAAAGCGGAACCUUUAGAUAUCAAACCGCUGAGUGCUUACAUUGACGAGCGAGUCGAGCUCAUUCGCCAAGCAUUCUCGUGUCUGAAACCGAAGGAAGUUAAAGCACUAGCCCCAGAUUUUAUGCAAGGCAAAUCAAUUGAAUUCAUUCAAGAACAUUGUCUGGAUGAGGUACUUGGUAUAUCCACGAAGCGGUUGCUAUCGAUAAUCGACAGCACCAAAUGUCCAACAGAUACGGAAUCGUCAGAUGAGGAUGUUGAACAAUCCGCCGAGCACAUAUCACUUGAUGAGAUUUCAUCCGAUUCGGAAGUGGAAGUUAAGCCACCCGUAAAAACGGUGAAACUAAAAGACAAAAAGUCUAAGAAAACGCAAGAAAAGGCUGUUUCUAAAUCCACUGAAAACUCGGACAAAAAUGGUAAUAAGAAAAACGAAAAAGAAAUGACCGUUUUGGAGAUCCUCGAACUACAAGCUCGUGCCAGGGCGAUUCGUUCACAACUGGCUCUAGAACCGGUAACCAAGAUAGAACUUGAUUCCGAUCAGGAGAACGGCUCAGAAGCAGAACCUGUUCCGGUGAAAGCGCUAAAAUUGAACAAAGAAAAACCCAAUGACAAUGAAGAAGCUAGUAGCUCCAAAUCGAAUCGUUCUUCUCCACCAAAAGCUCAGUCCAAACGCGUGCGUUUGAAACGAAAUUUCCGCAUUCGUCAAGUAGGUGACGAAGAAUCAAACGAAGAAACAGUGCAGGCAACCACUCAAACAGAGUUAGAAAAUAGAGAGACAAGAAACGUGUCACAUGAGAAGCAAGUCGAUCAUAAGGAAGCCAAAUCGUCGGAAAGUCCAGUCAAACAGAGUAUUGAAGCAUUGAACUGUAAAAGUAGGGAUAGUUCGCCUGAGGUCAUCCCAGUUAUUGCUAGUCCGGAAACACUUUGUAUUUCAUCAGAUUCAGAAGAAGAAAAGGAAAAACGGAAAAGGUCUUCCAUCUUUGUUGAUAACAUUGAAGAACUCGUCAAGAAGAGCGAACUCGACCUUCAAACACAGACUGAAACCAAUAAAACCGGACAAUCAGUGAGUGAAGAACCAGAGGAGGGGGAAAUUUCAGAUGAACAAAUAUCACAUGAUACAAUAAUGGCAAUUAGCCCUUUGAAAAACAACCAGUCCGAACUUUCAAAUGAAGUCGAUAAAAGUAAAGAGAUUGUUCAACCAGAGCAAGAAGAAGAGUUAGACUAUGAAAUUAAAGAGGUGUCCGACUCGGAGACAGAAUCUAGCACCCAUUGUAACACUUCAACGAAAACAGACACAGGAAAUCAUAGUAAGACCAAUGAUGUUGUUGAACUGUUAGCUUCGGCGAAUGAAUCAAGCGAUAGUAGUGAAAGUGCUAGUAGCGAAAGCGAUGAGAAUAACAAAAAUGCUACAUCUGACGAAGACGACAAUGAUCCAGAUGUUGUUGAAAUACAUGACUCCAGCGAUGAAACGUUGUUGGAACAAAAACUUGCUGAAGACGAACCGGAGAAGUCGUGGAAUUCUCGAUGGCUAGAAAGUAACCGAGUAGCAAAGGUGAUGGCUGCAUCGCGCUUGGGUAACAAAGUGCGAGAUAAAUUAAAGAGGAAUAAGAAAAAGCGACAAGAGGAACAGAAGGAAACAGCUAAACCACCCUCACCCAUCCCGACAGUGGAACCGGCUUCUGUGUCGACAGCAGUAGUUGGGUCGGUCGAACAUUAUAAUGAACUUGUUAGCAUUAAAUCUACCGAGCACGUUUCACUUAGUGAUAAGGCAACGGAUGAGGGCAAAAUUAACAGCGAAAAAAGUACGACACAGUAAGUACGUACAAUCUAUUGCAUCAUUAAAAUCAAAUCGAUAAA